UGAGGCUAUUGAAGCCAUCUACAUAUCAAGCAUAGGUAUCCAAGUCACUGAACCGGAAGUUCGGUAUAAGUCAACACAAAUGCCCCACCAUCGGGUCAAUGACCAGCGAGCCUGUCGGUUAUACAAACCAGCGACGUAUUUCCUCAAUACACAAACAAACCUACACCUCAAGGCCGCAAGAGUAAGCGACCAUGGAUAUCUUCGCAGCUGAUGAUGCCUGGCCUAUACGGGAUGAUCAGCCCUUUGAAGGAGCAUUCGAAGUGUCAACCGACAAGGGCAUAGAGAAUGCCGUCGUCCACAGUGUCGAUCGACCCUGGUUAUUCCGUUAUAGUCCCAAGGCCAAUUCCAAUGGACGAGGUAUCCUCAUUUUAGGAGGAGGAGGCUACGUUGAGCUUAUGGUCGGAAAGGAAGGCGUUAAGAUAGCAAGAUGGCUAGCGAGUCUCGGGUUCGACGCCUUUGUCCUCGUCCACCGCUUCCCCAACGCAAAAUCGGCGCCUCAGGCUCCAGUUGAUGACGCGCGACAGGCGUUGAAGGUUAUUGUGAGCCAUGGAUACGCUACAAAAGGCUUGGGCGUCUGCGGACUCUCGUCUGGUGGCCACCUCGGAGCCGCGCUCCUGGCAGAUUACCCGAAAACAUGGACAUCCCCAGAGUCCUCGACAACAAUACCAAAAUUCGAUUUUGCAAUCCUGGGAUACGGACCAAUCUCGACAAACGCAAAAGGCCGCACAAUCAUACCGAACAAAGCCGCGCUGGCGCCGCCCGAGAAGCAAGAACUCUACGACAUCGUACAGCCAGAUGUACAAAUCAGUACUGCACCGCCAACCUUCAUCGUGUACUCAGGGAGCGACCCCGUUGUUCCGGCAGUGAACGCGUACAGACUUGCUGAAGGCAUCACCAAGGCCGGCGCGGCGGUGGAGCUCCAUGUCUUCGCAGAAGCGCCGCAUGGCUUUGCACUUGAUACCGUCGACCUGCCAGUGAGCAAGUGGCCUAGCAUGUGUGAAGCAUGGCUCAAGCAGAAUGGAUUGUUAGAUUUGUAAAUGCAAUAUGUAUACAAAAGAGAUACGUCGAGGAUGGAAGUUACGGAAAGAGUUAGUGUCAACACGACGUCA